GAACGCAGCAUGGCGCCUCCGAGGAAGAAGCGCUCUAAAGUAUGGCUAUAUUUCACGCGUAUAAACGACAAAAUUGCGACUUGCAACAAUUGCAAAAUGUCAAUUUCAGCAAAGGGGGGAACUACCUCCAAUAUGCGUAAACAUUUGGCUACACAGCAUGCAAUUCACAUCCAGGAAUGUCGCGUGUUUGACACACUCCGAGUCCUAACAAGCGACGCAAGUGAAUCAAUCAGCAGCGGAGCUAUCGGGACGCGAUCUAAGGCCGAAGGUAACUUUAAACUCCUACUCCUAAUUAAUUAAUGUGAGUGCCAUUCCUUUGUGUAAACGUAUACUGUACGAAUAAUCUCCAUUAUCCAUCAAAUUUAGACGAGUAUGAUGGCCAGAGUCUGGCUGGCUCAGAGGCUGGCUCUUACACCGGCUCAGAGUCUACAGCAAGUAGCACACGUGCACCUCUAGCUACUCUGUUCACAGAGGCAGGGAGAAAUAGAAUGACUGAGGCGAGGAUAAACGAAUGUCACCGAGCAGUGACUAAGUUUGUGGUAAAGGGUUUGCACCCAUUUGCCACAGUAGAGUCCUUGGAAUUUCGGUAGGUUAAUAUGGUGUAUAUUUUCCAGAUUUUCUUUUCUAAUGAAAAUAACAAAUUUCAAAGUUUUUAUGUCAGUAUAGUUCUGUUUUAUUCAUUCCUAGUCCUACCUUAUAUUUUCUGUAGGGAGAUGAUAAAGACUCUCAACUCUAAAUACAAACCCCCAAACAGAGACGGUUUAACUAAUCAUCUGAUUCCUGCUUGGUAUGGGGUUGAAAAGAGCAAUCUGAUCACAGACCUGAAACAUGUCACAAAUGCAGCAAUCACAGCAGAUGGUUGGACGAGUUUCAGUCAAGACCACUACCUUACUGUCACAUUGCACUACGUCAGGGAAGGUCAGAGUCAAGAAAAAGUCCUUCGAACCAAAGCAGUGUACCAAGCUCAAACAGGGAUAGCUGUUGCGGAGGAGAUUGAGGGGAUCCUGGAGGAAUUUGGAGUGAAAGAGAAGGUGGUGGCAGCAACUGUGGAUAACGCAGCGAACAUGGAUGUAGCUGUCAAAAAGCUAAACAUCAUUAAGUUUCCAUGUUUUGCGCACACACUUAACCUUGGUGCUCAGAAGCUGUACAACUGCAAUACAGUUUCCAACUGGGCAGCAAGGAUUCGUUCUGUUAUCGUAUGGAUGAGGAGAUCCCACAUGGCUAAAGUCGUCCUAAAGGAAAAGCAGCAACUUCUCAAGCUGCCCCAGCACAUGCUCCUUCUAGAUGUGAGGACAAGAUGGAACUCCCUCUAUUUGAUGAUGGAGAGAUUUUGUGAACAGUUCCCUGCCAUCCAAGCUGCAGCCAUAGACCAACGGCUUAGAAAGCCCAUGGAGAAGGAGAAACUGGCCAGAAUGGGCAAUGAGGACCUGAGGAAAGCAGAGGAAUUUGUGAAGCUGAUGAGGAUGCCUUACACAUCCACACUCGCUGACACCAGCGAAAAAGUUCCAACCUGUGGCCAGAUAUUGCCCAUUCUUCAGAAACUGCGAGAACAUUACACUGUGCAGACAGAUGACUCAGCAUUUGUCAGGAGCGUCAAAGAGAACAUCUGGAAUGAUCUUUCCAAACGUUACCAGGAUGGUGAUAUCCAGGCAUUCCUGGAGGAAGCCACUGUGUUGGAUCCCAGAUUUAAAUCUAAAAUGGACAUGGAUGACAUCUGGGACAGGGUCAGGGCAUCAGCAGUGGAGAAGGUACUGUAUUUGAAUUUGACAAUGCUUUUAGCACAUUUCUGUUGUGAGACCUUUUCUUCUUGCUCUGUGGUUCUUACUGUACAUUUUUUUCUCAAGCUGUCAGAGCCAAGAGAGACACAGGGGCAGGCAGAAGAAGAGGAUGAAGGAGAAGAAGAAGAAGAAGAGGAGGACUACACGCCACCUGUAAAGCAGAAAAAGAUGACGGCCCUAGAGGAACUUUUUGAAGAAGAGGACGGCAAGCUGCUUUCUACACAGCAGCUGCCCCCUGUUUCCACAGCCCAGAGAGUGGAUCAAGAAAUCCAGCUUUAUAGAAGCCUUCCUCCCAUUCUAACCAAAGACAGUGCCAGUCUCUGGUGGUGGAAAAAGAGUGACACAUUGCCAGUGUUGUCAGCUCUUGCUGAAAAGUAUCUCUGUGUCCAAGCGUCCUCCACCCCUUCUGAAAGGGUGUUCUCCACUGCUGGAGACACCCUAAGUCCAGAAAGAUCUCGUAUCCUUCCUGAGAGGGCAAACAUGAUCAUUUUUCUGCACAAAAAUUGUUAAUUUGCCAAAUUGGUUAGUUGUGUUCUUAUCUUUACAGAAAACUUAUUUGUUUUGUUUAUAUCAGUUGAAUUUUGUUGGAGUGCUGGAGACACCCUAAGUCCAGAAAGAUCUUCUUUCCUUCCUGAGAGGGCAAACAUGAUAAUUUUUCUGCACAAAAUUGUUAAUUUGCCAUAUUUG